CUUGCUUUUUGUUUGUGCUUCUUUGUUUUGCUAAGAAUUUCGUCUCGGGUGAUUUUAAAGACAAAGUUUCUGCUGUUGCUUUAGACAACCGGGAACUUCCGGCUUCAGCUCCUCUCACGCACAUCUACGGGGUGUGUUUGACCCACGGACGUAGCCAGGUUAUGUUCCCCGGGUCUUUCUGCGCGUUAGUAGCGGGGGUUUUGAGCGCCGCAGCAUCGCUGUCCGCUAAAUUGUCGCUCGGUUCGGAUUAUGUGAGAGAGUUGUGCGAGUCGUGGCUGAGCAGCUGGAGCCAAACACACGAUGGGUCUAUGUACUGUGAAUGGCUCCACGUCCCCCUGCGGCUGCUGUGUGGAGGCCUGUUGUUCGUCUGUAACGCUGUCAUGUGGACCUUCUUCUCCAAAGCUCUCAGACACUGCUCCUCUUCAGCCAGAGCCACAGUCACGACCACUGCAGCAAACUUCAUCUCCACAGCAGUGCUGGGGAGGUUGAUCUUUGGAGAAGCCCACGGAGCCUUAUGGUGGACAGGUAUCUUCCUCACCCUUUGUGGACUUCUGAUGCUUCAUCGAUUUGCGUCUCAGACCCUCCCACAGGAUGGAGGAAGAAAAGACAAGUAAUGCCACUUACUGUGAAACAGACUUGGAGAUGGAAAUAUGAAUGCAGGGCUUUUUGUUGAAGUUUUUUUUAAUUAUGUUGACAAAAACCAAUGCUGGAGAUUUUAAAUGCCACAGCAUGUGGAUUUUCUCAUUGUCUAUAUGGAAUUACAUUGUUUAUACCUUGUACAUAUAUGUGCACUGUAAUAUAUGAGGUUUAUUUUACAGUUUUCAAAUUAAAGUCAAUAACCCAGUGUAAUGUGUCCUCGUGUAAACAAUUUUGUCUGAAGAAAAGUAAAUGUCCAGAGAGAUUCUGCUUUUAUCUUUUCAACAGCUCAGUCAAUCGCUGAGCUUUAGGCCCACAUAUGUCCAAAAAUAAGCAUUUCAGUUCAUAUCAUGUAAUAACACGUGAACUGCCAAUAAGUUCAUAUGAUCACAAUGAUCACAAUAUGACCAGCCUUUACAGUGAGCCACAUGUUCCUAAGGUUAUUAUUGAAAUACCUCAAAGUUCUCCAUGUUUACCCUUAUUUGUGAUGCAGAACUUGACUGAUAUGCCUAGAGCUUAAUAAAAAAGGUGGCCACAUGCAAUUUUGAUAUGUUCAAGUGUCCAGUCAAAAUAAAGGGGCAAAAACUGA